AUGCACCACUCUAACAAAGAGCCUGGACAGUCAUUAGCAGCUCACUUUGCGGAAGAAAACCUGUCUGCUCUCAGGGGUGCUGAGAGCGUGUCCGAGAUGGCAACCUGGGUUUCCUCACACAACUUGGGCGAAACUGGUGUCCUGGAGUUCAAGGCUGUCCCCCUCUCCCCUCAUCACCGGCCCUCCACGUCCAGUGUAAGGCUCCUCAUUCAUUCACGUACGCCAGAUCUCCAUGGACUACACAGAGUCGAAGUCCUGCAGCUGACCAGCGACAGCAAGACCUUCUGGAGGGUGGACGAGGAGCUGAGCUGGUCUGAGGCCCUGGAGGACUGCCGGCAGCCCCACGCAGACCUGGCCGAGCUGCAGAGCGUGAAGGACUGCAGCAACAUCAAGACCCUCUGUGCCCUUACCAGCAGCACCGCGGCCUGGAUCGGCCUCUUCUUCGACGUGCGCCUUGGGGGCCUGAGAUGGUCCAGAGGCUCCACCUUCAGCGAGCCAGCGUGGAGCUCGCCGCCGUUCUUCGAGGAGGGUCUCUGUGCCACUCUGUAUUGUCGCCAUUUUCCCAGCCUGGGGGCCGCCUCGUGCACUGCUCAGAAGCCUUUCAUCUGCUACUACGAUCCUGCCCUGGAGCCCCACACCCUCCUGGAACCGGCUCUCAGCCUGACCACCUCUCCAAAGCCAGCUGAGGUUCAGAUCGGCAAUCUGAACUUCAAGCGAUUUGACCAAGAAAGGAAGCGGCUGGCAGCUGUGAGGUACUGCCGCAGACACCACACAGACCUGGCUGACCUGCAGACAGUGACUGAGGAGACAGACAAUGAGGCCUUGAAAUCCAUCAUGAGUAAGACUGAGGCCUGGAUUGGCCUCUACUUCAGUGCGGCCUCUGGGUCUCUGAGAUGGUCCAGCGACGUGGGUGCCAGCGUCCCGACCUGGCUGCAGGUGCCUGAGUUCGGGGCAGGACUGUGUGGGUCUCUCAGCUACUGGAGCGUCUCCCCCAGAAUUUCUGCAGUGGCCUGCUCUUCCCUGAAACCCUUCAUCUGCUUCGAUAACCCCACCAUUGGACACCGGGAGUCAGCAGCCCUCCCUCAGCUCUCCUACACACCCUCCUCAGAAGUGACCAUGGGGACAAUGCCCAGGCCAAGUGAUUUCGAAGUUAACUUGAAGAGGGAGUGGAGGGGGUCGGGGUGCGUAGCGCUGAGCGUGGAGGCCCGGGUCCUGCAGGGGUGGGGUCCCUGUGAGCUGCUAAGGAACGCGGCUCUCCCCCUGGAGGCAAAAGAUGAGGUUGAGAAGCGGGGGAAGAGCCUGUUUUCUGCUUCCCAUCGAGGUCUCACCUGGCCCAGGCCGCACCUGGCGGGGUCAGGAGGCCCUCCCUGCUUAGCCCUGUCUGCGGUGGGUGUGCAGGGCCGGGCGCGGAAGAACCGCCCGGCCGCUGCAGGGCCCUGGAGCCCCGCGCACCAAGGUCCCGCCCCCCCACCGGCCGCUCGGCGCAGCGGGCCCCACGGAAGCUUUCUUCUCUCUGGCGUAGGGACCAGCGCUGGCCCCGCGCAGGGUCCGGCUGCGGCGGCGCCCCCCGGGUCUAACACGUCCAGCCGGUCCCGCAGCGCCGAGCUUCUGGGGAAGGAAGAAAGCACCUCGGAGCCUUCCGGCUCAGGGAGCUCGGCUGGGCCCCAGAGAACAACGGCGCGCCGGGACGGGGUAGCUCUGAGCCAGGCCGCACGCCCGGAGACCGCCGGCAGGCCGCCAGAGCUUGAGACAGUUUCCCCUCUUGUAGCUGUGACCAGUGAAAGGAGUGGCACCGAUAUGACAGAUGCAGCUACUGCCACUCAGGCCCAACAUCUGAGCUCAUCUAAUCACCCAGAUUCUAAAGAAAACACUCUAGCACCCAAACCAGGGCAACUCUUUGGAAUCCUGAAAGCAGAUUUUCUCAUCCCAGUUCUGAUGAACCCAGAAGACAUGAAAGACCAAUUUUUGAGUGAGAUCCAAGAAGUCUUAAAGCUUACAUUAGGUCAUGAGCAAUUCAGAUUGAAAUGGGUUGGCUUUGAAGUAAACAAAAAAAUAGCACAUGUCUACUGUGACCUGGAGUCUUCUCACACAAUUUUCUCUGGAUUUUGAGUGAAUUUUAGUUUUUAAAUUCAUAGUAAAACAGAAGUAGAAGUCACUAGAUAUGUGAAGAGGCUAACUGGUGGAAUUUCAGACCUAUACUUAGCCUGUAAGAAAACUACUUAUGGGACCUGCAUCCUGGGGUUUUAAAGAAUGAAGGUAAGCAGAAGAUGGGGGUAUUUGGAAAUAACCUCAAGAAUUACAAGCAAACAAG